UUUGAACGAUGUUGUGCAGGCUGUUGUGGCGCGUGGCUCCAACUGUCACCUUCAAGGUGGGGGCCCACUCCUUCGCCCCCGGGACUCAGCUCCCCGUCCCGGCCCGGGGCCUUAGGCAGCCCCCUCGGGCCGCAGCCUGUCUGCUCCUCGCCGCCGGCCGCCGCGCUUUCUGCAGCGGGGCAAGCGGCUGCUGGCGGUGCGGGGCUGAGCGGGCCGGGGCGGCGGCGGCGGAGGAGGACGGCGGCUCGGCCUUUUUCUGCCCGUCCUGCCGGGCCCUGCAGCCCCCGGACCCGCGCCGCGACUACUUCCAGCUGCUGGGCCUCCCGCGCCGCUACCGCCUGCAGACCGAGCAGCUGCGGCGGAGGCUGCGCCAUCUCCAGAGGGAUCUGCACCCAGACAACUUCAGCCGCGGCUCCGAGGACGAGCGCCGCUUCUCGGAGGAGCAGUCGGCGUUAGUCAACGAGGCUUACGGGACUCUGCUGAGGCCUCUGUCCCGGGGCCUGUACCUCCUGCGGCUGGAGUUACCGGGGGAAGCCGGCGUCGGCGAGGAGGUGGAGAGCGGGCCGGCCGGCGGUGGGGAUCCCGCCUUCCUGGCUGCCGUCCUGCACCUCAACGAGCGGCUGGAGGAGGCCCGGGGCCCGGAGGAGAUCGAGCAGGUGUCCAAGGAAGUGGAGGCCCGGCUCCGGGAGCUGGACGAGGAGGUGGCCGGGGCCUUCGAAGCGGGACGCCCGCGGGAAGCUCUCCCGCUCCUGAAGCAGAUGCGAUAUUGGAGUAGCCUCGGGGAUCGGAUAAAGGAGCGUCUGCUUCCCCGUUGA